AUGACGAUGACAAACACCGAAGCAACAACAAUGGGAAAGAAAAGUGAGAACAGAGGUCCAGUGAAACCCACAGCAACCACGGCGGCUCAAAGUAGCCGUCUUGCGUCUGGUUUCAAGCUAGUUGGGUUUACCAACUUAGUCCGAACCAACCCAAAAUCAGAUCGCUUCAACGUUAAGCGUUUCCACCAUGUCGAGUUCUGGUGCUCCGACGCCACCAACACUGCUCGCCGGUUCUCCUGGGGUCUCGGCAUGCCCCUUACAGCCAAAUCCGACCUUUUCACCGGUAACCUUACUCACGCUUCCUAUCUCCUCCGUUCCGGUGACCUCUCCUUCGUCUUCACUGCUCCCUACUCUGCGUCCAUCGCCGCCGCCCAGCAGAUUGAACCCAAAUCCACCGCUUCUAUCCCCACGUUUGACCGCGACUCCUGCGUCGCCUUCGUUGCCUCCCAUGGCCUAGCAGUUAGGGCCAUUGCACUUGAAGUCGAGAACACAAAACUUGCAUUUGACACUAGCGUCACCCAUGGCUCCAAGCCAACGGCCUCCCCUGUUCUUCUCGACAAUGGGGUCAUGUUGGCGGAGGUUCUGCUCUACGGCGACGUCGUCUUGCGAUAUAUCAGCUACAACGAUCCGUCUCAAGCGUCCGACCCGAACCCCAGCAAUUGGUUCCUCCCCAAAUUCGAACCCUUGGAGGAACUAUCUUCCGACCCUUCAUUGGACUACGGGAUUCGCGGGAUCGACCAUGCCGUUGGUAACGUGCCAGAGCUGGUUCCGGCGGUGAAUUACGUGCAUGGAUUUACUGGGUUUCACGAGUUCGCCGAGUUCACGACGGAGGACGUGGGGACGAGCGAGAGCGGGUUGAACUCGAUGAUGUUGGCGAACAAUGAGGAAACAAUUUACCUGGCACUGUGCGAACCAGUGUUUGGGAUGAAGAGGAAGAGUCAGAUACAGACAUUUCUGGAACACAAUGAAGGAGCUGGGUUACAGCAUCUAGCUCUGGUUAGUGAAGACAUAUUCAGAACUCUGAGGGAAAUGAGGCAGCGAAGUUCAAUAGGCGGCUUCGAGUUCAUGCCUCCACCACCUCCAACUUAUUACAACAAUCUCAAGAAUCGAGCCGGUGACGUAUUGACAGAUGAGCAAAUUAAGCAGUGUGAGGAGCUGGGGAUUCUGGUGGAUAGAGAUCAUGAGGGAACUUUGCUUCAAAUUUUCACCAAGCCCGUUGGAGACAGGCCAACCAUGUUUGUGGAGAUAAUUCAGAGAGUGGGGUGCAUGAAGAAGGACGAGGGAGGGAAGGUGUAUCAAAAGGGAGGAUGUGGAGGCUUUGGGAAAGGGAACUUCUCAGAGCUGUUCAAGUCCAUCGAACAAUAUGAGAAGACGUUUGAACUUAAAAGAGUCACAGAGCCAGCAACCGCUGUUUGAAAGCAAAUAUGUUGGUGCAGUGAUUUGAGCAAGUGUUGCGUUUAUUGAAGCUGUAAUACAAGAAUUAUCCUGUUACUGUAGAAUAAGCAGCUGUUGGCUGAUGAGAGCAAGAAUAAAUAAUCAUCCUGGCUGGUUAUGGAUAAACAAGUAGUGCACUUUAGGUUGGAUCAUAAGUCAUGAUGUACUUCGAUUAGGAUUUCA